UGUAGCCUAAUACCAUGGCAGAACACAAUGGCAAAGCUAUUGUAGUGGGGGGAGGUCCGGUCGGAACGUUAACAGCUGUUUUCUUGGGACGUCGAGGAUUCCAUGUUGACCUUUACGAAGCAAGGUCAGACAUACGGUCUGCAGAGAAUGUUUCUGGGCGAAGUAUCAACUUGGCUUUAUCAGUGCGAGGGUUGUCUGCGCUGAAACAUGGCGGAAUUGAGGAAAGAAUACGAAGCAUCGGGAUACCAAUGCAUUCAAGAUACAUCCAUACUGGCAAAGGAUCCUACACGAUUCCAUACGGAAAGAAAGGACAAUAUUUACUUUCAACAGACAGAUUGGAACUAAACAGACAGCUACUCAGCGUGGCGGAAAAAAGCGAGAACGUGAAUUUAUAUUUCGAGCAUAAAUUGGUGAAUUGUGACACCCGAAUCCCGUCCGCCACUUUUCAAAAGGCGGGUAGCGAAAUUACGAAAACUGGAGACGUUCUAAUCGGAUGUGAUGGUGCUUAUUCUGCAGUUAGACGACAAAUGCUUAAAGGCAGAAUGGACUUUAGUCAAUUUUACAUUGAACAUGGAUACAAGGAGUUGUGCAUUCCCCCUACAGCUGACGGAGAAUACGCCAUGCCACCAAACCACUUACAUAUCUGGCCCAGGCACGAGUACAUGUUAAUUGCCCUCCCAAACUUGGAUAAAUCGUUCACUUGUACGUUAUUCAUGCCAUUUUCAAAAUACGAGCAAAUCGUAACCGGAAAUGACGUCAUCGAUUUCUUCAAUGUAAAUUUUAAUGACGUUGUUCCAUUGAUUGGCGACUCUUUGUUACGUACGUCAUUUUUUGAAUUACCACCGUUGCCAGUGGUGACGGUAAAAUGCUCCCCUUUCCACCACGGAAAAACAGCCCUACUGCUGGGAGACGCCGCACAUGCAGUCGUACCUUUUUACGGUCAAGGAUUGAACGCCGGACUCGAGGAUGCAUUAAUAUUUGAUGGACUGGUUGACAAAUUCGGCUGCGAUUUUGAGCAAAUUGUACCUAAGUUUUCUGAAGUUCGCGUCAAGGCUGCACACGCGAUUGCAGAUCUUUCUCUUUACAAUUAUAUGGAAAUGAGGUCCCAUGUUGCCACACCCUGGUUCUUGCUACGGAAAAAGGUCGAUGGAUUUUUAAACAUUCUUUUCCCGUCUAGUUUUAUCCCGAGAUAUUCAAUGGUAACUUUCACAAGGAUUCCAUACGACCAAGCUCUGAAGAGAGCAAAAGUUCAAGAUAAAAUUGUCGAUAAUGGAAUAAUAAUUGCAGGUGGACUAAUGCUGACAGCUAUAGCAUUUGCCGCUUAUAAAACAGACUGGAAAUCUUUCGAUUUGAGUAAUCUGACUUUGGAUAGGGUGAUCGAAAAAGCGAAACAUUUGUGGUGAACGUAAUAGAUUGGGAGGAGUGCUCAGUAAUAAUAGUUGUAAAAAUUGUUGCAUUGAAUUAUUUUAUUGACAAAUCGUAUUUCUUCGUUGAACUGCGCCUACAAUUGUUUAGUUAUAUAGUUUUCAAAUUUAACCCGGACAAUUCUCAUCGUACUCGUUCAAUAGCUUCGCUCCUUAACAUGGCUCUUCAUCGUGGCCUGUAAGGGCCCUAAUCACUUAAGACUUUGGUGCCAUAUAUAUAUAAAUAAUAACAAUAGGAUUGUAAUCCGUGUUAUCUGAAAUUUAAUAAAUAUUCAUAUUCAUUGUUUCAUUAUUCAUUACUGAUUGAAGGCCAAAUUAUGAUUAAUUUACAUGAUAUUUUUGAAUAUAGUAGUCAAUAGUACAUUGGCGAGCCUCGUUCUACAUCAUAAUGAAGAUUUGCCCAUAACGAAGUCACGGGCACUAAAUUUCAGAAAAAGGUUUCUAUGUGUAGAAUUCCUCUGUAUAUAGGUGAAAUGAAAUUAUGUGCAAUAAAAUUCGUGUUAUAUAUGAUAUUUUCAAUUCCAAGUGUUUGGAAUGGGGUCUUUGUAAGUUUUCGAUGACGUCAAGACUGUGCCGCAGAAAUUUGAAAACUAUUUCAAAUAUUCCUAUAUAUAAUACUAGGAUUGUUCUUUAGUCAAUUUCACUUUUUCAAUAGGUUAGCUUCAUGUAAAGUUCUCGCCUUAGUGCGUUCGCUAACACACUCUGAAAAUCAUCCGUUCCUGACCUUUUCGUACCUUUUAAAUGAUAUUAUGAAGUCACAUUUUCAUAUAAUGAUAUCACUCCUAUUAUAACAUCAUAUUUUUGUAAUUCUUUUUCGUUGCAAUCACUCUCACAGACAGUGAUGUAUCUAGUCUAGGGUGUGGCAUCAAUGGCUCGUACCAUUGGUGCCGUUUGGACAGGAGCGCAAAAACGGCGGAAAGUCUUAGUUGUAACAUGAUUCAAUAAAAUAAUUUCAAAUUGGAAAUAAUUGAAUUCUGUAUUUCAUUUAAAUAUCAACGUACAAGUAUCUUAUUUCAACAAAAACUGGUGAAAAAGCUGAGCUGUAAUAAAAAUUGUCAACCAACGAUCAAGGAAAUGCAU